UUCCUGCUCUGGGUGGGGUGAGAGAACUCUGUGUACAUAAGCUCCAGCAGGAAGCCAGCAGUCCUCUGCAGAUUCAGGGAACGGAGAACGAGAAUAAAUUUGGAAUAGAGGCCUGUCAUCAGCCUGCCUCCUAAGGAAAAGCUGGGAACAGUGUCAUUUUGCUCAGAAAACUAAGCUACGAAUCAGCUUCUGCCAAAGGACUAUUAACUGAGCAGAAUGGGCUGCUUGCCCCUGCACUGACUGGAGCUCCAUUUACCCAGCACAGCCAGUUCUUUCCUCUGUUGCUGAUUGGAUCCGGAGCAGCAUCAGGGGACUACCAGCAACCUGGCAGUUAAAGAAGCAGCUCUGUAACUGCUGAUCGGUUAUUUUUCUCUUCUGCAGGAUGGCGAUUGCCAUCUUUAUCCUGAGGCUGGUUGUCUGCGCUCUGGCAUCUCCCAUGUAUGUGCUACACUUCCUGGGCGUGUGGAACUGGUUCUGCAAAAGAUGGUUCCCCUACUUCAUGGUGAAGUUUUCUGUGAUAUACAAUGAACAGAUGGCAAGCAAGAAGCGGGAGCUCUUCAGUACCCUGCAGGAGUUUGCAGGCCCCUCUGGGAAGCUGUCCCUGCUGGAGGUGGGCUGUGGCACCGGGACCAACUUCAAGUUCUACCCACCGGGAUGCAGGGUGACCUGUGUUGACCCCAACCCCAACUUUGAGAAGUUCUUGAUCAAAAGCGUUGCCGAGAACCGGCAUCUGCAGUUCGAGCAGUUUGUGGUGGCCCCUGGGGAAAACAUGCAUCAGGUGGCCGAUGGCUCUGUGGAUGUGGUGGUCUGUACCCUGGUGCUGUGCUCCGUGAAGAACCAGGAGCAGAUCCUCCGCGAGGUGUGCAGGGUGCUGAGGCCGGGAGGGGCGUUUUACUUCAUGGAGCACGUAUCAGCCGAGCGUUCCACCUGGAAUUAUUUCUGGCAGCAGGUCCUGGAUCCUGCGUGGUUCCUACUGUUCGACGGCUGCGAACUUACCAGAGAGAGCUGGAAGGCCCUGGAGAGGGCCAGCUUCUCGAAGCUGAAGCUGCAGCACAUUCAGGCCCCACUGUCCUGGGAGCUGGUGCGACCUCACAUCUAUGGGUAUGCUGUGAAAUAGGACGGGCUGGCAGGAGAAAGUGGAAUGACUCAAGGCUUCGAUUUUACAUUUAAAAUACUAAUGGGAAGAAGGGAUAACCUUGUUUCUAGGUAAAGUUGAUUCAUUUCCAUUUUAAUCAUUUUCUGUUGUCUCUCCACGAAUCAAAAGCAAAAAAGAACAGCUUUGAACUCAUCCUUCAAAGGAAACAGUGGGCAUUCACAAUUGAAUUGCAUCAUUACCCCCAAGCCUUACUUUAUUCAGUGACUUGAUGUUUUUUCCAACUCUCUUAUUUAAAUUGUUACCUGGCUGAUGUUAAUCUUACCCCCUCUUAAGAGCUUGGGGCUAAGACACGGUGAAAUCACUCAAAAGAAGACUUUGAAAGGGAAUCCGUGAACAGAUCUUUACAAAUCACAAACUGAAUAAAGAAAUACUAACUGAAACUCCAAGUCUAAAUUGCAGAGAUUUUCUGAAAAAGAAAUCUAAGCCGAUUUGCUAUAAUUAGUGUCACUGGUCUGGCUUUCAGACUUAAUGCACCAGGCUGCCACACCCCAUUCUGCCAGGAUUUAUUGCCUUUUGUUCCUGUAUCCCACCACAAUUUGUUUUCUUGCAUUCCCGUCCGCAAUUCUUAAGGUGAGGUUUGUACUUGACACUUUAGUAUAACCAUAAAGCUAUCUGAGGCACUUCAGUUUCUUGGGUUUGUUUUUCUUAUGAUCUGGCACACACUUUGCUGAGUACAGUAGACUGGACACAAGGAAUGGGUUUACUGGAACCAGGAGAAUCUUAUAUAAUUAUGUAGACUCGCAUAAGUGCAACCGUGGGCCCCAAAUCAAAUAAUCAGUGAGUCCACAAAGAAGUGGACAAGGGUUGUUUUUUAGACAAUUCUGAUCAAAUUCCACUCCUGUCCCAAGAAUGUCUUGGUUCUUUGCAACUAAGGAGACCAUGUACAUCACCACAAGUGCUUUGCAAACAACUGUUAACUUGGUCAGAUGAUUUCAUAAUAGGAUUUGCUGCAAUAGUUUGUAUGUCUUUUAAUAAAUGUAAUAUAUUUUCUGAGACGAUUUUACACUAUUUUAAAUAUCAAAGCAAUCAAUAAAUUCACAUUCAUUUUAGAAAUGGAAAUAAAAUAAAUGGCUUAUACCUUU